AGUCGGCCUGCGCGCCUCAGCCUGGCGGUUCUACCUCCGAGGGUUCACCCGCCCUUGGUUUUCCUUACACCUUCGCCUUUGGCUCCUUUGACCACUCGAAGCCCCACAGCGGGUUCCAGCGGACUUCACCAGCGGACCCAGAAGUGGUGGGUGAAACACAGCCUCUGUUCCUCCUUGAGCCUGUGGGGAGCUGCUGCCUGCCGCCAUCAUGUCUGCUGCAAAUCCUGAGACUCCCAACGCAACCAUCUGCAGAGAGGCCAGCACCCAGUCUUCAUCAGCUGCGGCUAGCCAAGGCUGGGUUUUACCAGAAGGCAAAAUCAUGCCAAACACUGUUUUUGUUGGUGGAAUUGAUGAUAGGACGGAUGAAGCUGAGAUUAGAAGCUGCUUUGGUAGAUAUGGUUCAGUGAAAGAAGUGAAGAUAAUCACGAAUCGAAGUGGUGUGUCCAAAGGCUAUGGAUUUGUUUCAUUUGUUGAUGAUGUGGAUGUCCAGAAGAUAGUAGAAUCACAGAUACAUCUCCAGGGUAAAAAGCUGAAGCUGGGCCCUGCACUCAGGAAACAAAAGUUCUGUGCUUGUCAUGUGCAGCCACGUCCUUUGGUAUUUAAUCCUCCUCCUCCACCACAGUUUCAGAACGUCUGGAGGAAUCCAAACACUGAAACUUGCCUGCAGCCCCUAAUCACGCUGAAUCCUGUAACUCAGUACGUUCAGAUGCCACCACAGUGGCCUGUUGGGGAGCAAAGGAGUUAUGCUGUACCUCAGGCACAUCCUACUUACCCAAAUUCAGCAGUUCACAUCAUCACUGGAUAUCAUUUGCCUGUAUAUAAUUAUCAGUCUGCUGCAAAUCCUGAGACUCCCAACUCAACCAUCUGCAGAGAGGCCAGCACCCAGUCUUCAUCAGCUGCGGCUAGCCAAGGCUGGGUUUUACCAGAAGGCAAAAUCAUGCCAAACACUGUUUUUGUUGGUGGAAUUGAUGAUAGGACGGAUGAAACUGAGAUCAGAAGCUGCUUUGGUAGAUACAGUUCUGUGAAGGAAGUGAAGAUAAUCACGAAUCGAAGUGGUGUGUCCAAAGGCUAUGGAUUUGUUUCAUUUGUUGAUGAUGUGGAUGUCCAGAAGAUAGUAGAGGAACAGAUACAUCUCCAGGGUAAAAAGCUGAAGCUGGGCCCUGCAAUCAGGAAACAAAAGUUCUGCGCUCGUCUUGUGCAGCCACGUCCUUUGGUAUUAAAUCCUCCUCCUCCACCACAGUUUCAGAACAUCUGGAGGUAUCCAAACACUGAAACUUGCCUGCGGCCCCUAAUCACGCUGAAUCCUAUAACUCAGUACGUUCAGGCUUAUUCUACUUAUCCAGAUUCACCAGGUCAAUUUAUAUCUAUAAAUUCCGUCAUCCCUGGAUAUCAGUUGCCUGUAUAUAAUUAUCAGGCAUAUCGUACUUAUCCAAAUGCACCAGUUCAGGUCAUCACUAGAUAUCAGUUGCCUGUAUAUAAUUAUCAGGCAUUUCCUGCUUAUCCAAAUUCACCAGUUCAGGUCACCACUGGAUAUCAGUUGCCUGUAUAUAAUUAUCAGAUGCCACUGCAGUGGCCUGUUGGGGAGCAAAGAAGGAUAAAAGAGUGCAUCGCUUCAGAAGAAGUUUGACAGUAUUUAAAUCUGUUUGAUCCUCUCAGCUGUCCAGUUUUGUGGGAAGUUGCUGGUUUUGAAUAUUAAGCUAAAAGUUUUCCACUAUUACAGAAAUUCUGAAUUUUGCUAAAUCACACUGAAACUUUCUGUAUAAGUUGUAUUAUUAGACUCUCUAGUUUUAUCUUACAUUGAAACUGUUCCUCCUUAGAUGUUUAUUUAGAACCUGGUUCUGUGUUUAAUAUAUAGUUUAAAGUAACAAAUAAUUGAGACUGAAAGAAUGUUAAGAUUUAUCUGCAAGGAUUUUUAAAAGAAAUUUGCAUUUUAAGUGUUUAAAAGCAAAUACUGAUUUUCAAAAACAAGUUUUUAAAACCUGAUUUGAAAGCUAAGAAUUUUGAUAGUCCGAACACAAGCAUUUCACUUCUCCAAGAAGUACCUGUGAACAGUACAGUAUUUCAGUAUUGAGCUUUGCAUUUAUGAUUUAUCUAGAAAUUUGCCUGAAAACCAGAAUUUUUAAAACUGCAUUUUUAAUCAGUGGAACUCAAUGUAUAAUUAGCUUUAUUGAAGUCUUCUUAUCCAAACCUAGUAAAACAGAUUCUAAGCAAACAGUCCAGUCAGUGAAUCAUCAUGUUUGUUCAAAGUAUGUUAUCUUUUAUCUAGAAUCCACAUAUAUAUAUAUGUAUCCAAUUCGAUUGGGAUAGUAAUUAGGUAACUAAAAUUCUGGGCCUAAUUUUUUAAAGAAUCCAAGGCAAACUAAACUUUACUAGGUAUAUAACCUCAAUGAGUUACCAUUCUUCGUUUUUAUUAAAAAAAAAUUGUUCCUUGAAAUGCUAAACUUAAUGGCUGUAUGUGAAAUUUGCAAAAUAACUGGUAUUAAAGAACGCUGCAACUUUUUUAUGUCACUCAAAGAUUAAUCAGGAAUUGCUUUUAUAAAAACAUUGAAGUAUUAGUUACUUGCUAUAAAUAGAUUUUUAUUUUUGUUGUUUAGCCUGUUAUAUUUCAUUUUGUAAAAUAAAAUAUGUCCAGAGGAGACAAAAUAGGUAGUUUUGAUAUUUCUAAAUCACGAAAGUUGUUUAGUAAGUAUAUCUUAAGAAUCUGCUAGAGUUAAAGUUAACGUUGUUUCUAGAUUAGGUAGUGUCCUCAUUUUAUAUUGUGACCACACAGCUAGAGCACCAGAGCCCUUUUGCUAUACUCACAGUCUUUUUUUCCCAGCCUCUUUUACUAGUCUUUCAGGAGGUUUGCUCUUAGGACUGGUGAUGUAAAGAAUGGAAGUAGCUGUAUGAGCAGUUCAAGGGCCAAGCCGUGGGAUAUAAUACCUUUCUGAGGGAAACAUUUGUAUCAGUAUCAUUUGAUCUGCCAUGGACAUGAGUUUAAAGUGGCUUUCUGGCCCUUCUUUCAAUGGCUUCUUCCCUAAAACAUGGAGACUCUUAAGUUAAUGUAGUUACUAUGGGCCAUAUUAGUAAUGCCCACUGGGGUCUAUGAUUUCUCAAAAUUUUCAUUCUGAAUCUGAAGGAGAGAGUAUUUUAACUUUAGAAUUCUCAAGAGGGCUUUAUUACACCUCAGAAAUCAAAAGCACCAUGAAUUUGUCCAUUAAAAAUCACCCAUAGUUUUUUUAGUGCUUUUAACAUUCUGAUGUACAUCAUUCUGUGAUUAAAUCUCCAGAUUUCUAUAAAUGAUACCUAUAUUCUAAAGAGCUAAUUCGGAUUAUUCCGAUAUGACCUUAAGGAAAAGUAAGGGAAUAAAUUUUUGUCUUUGUUGGAGUGAAGUAUUUAAAAGCAUAAGGUAAAAGAGAUAUUAAGUCCUAAACCUUUCAAAAUGGAAAAUUAAUUCUGAACUUAGAAAAAUGUUUCUGCUACCUGUUGCUGAUACUGUCUUUGCAUAAAUGAAUAAAAAUAAACUUUUU